AUGAGUGAUCUGGUUGCAGAAGAUAUUGGUUUCACGCCUACAAAGUACACUAAUGUGCAUGUUGAAGAUUUAAAUGUAGCAUCAGAACUUCCCAACAACAUUGUGGGUGAGGAACUCAUUACAGAUGACUCGAUUGAUCCCCCAGCUGCAACUCAAGACAUUGCAGCACCAGUUCCUUAUGCUCCAGAUUUGCAAAGAAGGACUUCUAGCAGACUACGUAAGCCUCCUAUAUGGCAAAUAGACUUUGUUACUGGUUGUAAAUCAAAGUCAGCUCAUUCAUUCUUAUAUUCUAUUAGUAAGAGUGUUGUAACUCUACCAAUUGGAAAGAAAGCAAUUGGAUGCAAAUGGGUGUUUAAGAUUAAGUACAAAGCUGAUGGACAAGUUGAAAGAUACAAGGCAAGAUUGGUGGCAAAAGGAUACAAUCAAAAUGAAGGACUUGAUUAUCAGGAGACUUUCUCACCUGUUGUUAAAAUGGUGACAGUAAGGACAGUAAUUUCAAUGGUUGCUGCUAAUGGAUGGUCGAUCCAACAAAUAGAUGUUGGUAAUGCUUUUCUGCAAGGAGAUUUGUAUGAGGAAGUAUACAUGUAA